AUGAGACAGAUGGGCAGGAAGCCGCUGCCGUCGCCGGCCGCGCGCGCCGGGCGGCUUCUGCUGCUGGUGCUUCUGGGCGGGCUGGUGGCCACUUCGGCGUCCGUCUUUCUUGUCUAUACAUUUUCGUCGCGCGUUUCGAGCUUCGCGGUGGAACAUGAAGCGAGUGCGCCGUCGACCACACCGGCCAGCAGCGAUGCACCGCCUGCGCCUGCGCCUACGCCUGUCGACGAUGGGUUCACUCUCCACCCCGAAGACCAUGUCUACCGCGAGGCCAAGACCAUCUAUCUGGACUGGAACAUCACCAAGGAGCAGCGCGCCCCCGACGGCGUCGUCAAGUCCCUCUACCUCAUCAACGGCCAAUUUCCCGGCCCGCUGAUCGAGGCGAGGUCAGGCGACGAGCUCAUCGUCAACGUCCACAACUCAGUCCACGAUGCCGAUGCCGACGCCGGAGAAGGCGUCGCCGUCCAUUGGCACGGACUGACCAUGAACGGCGCCAACGACAUGGACGGAGUGGUCGCCCUCACGCAGUGUGCCAUCCCGGCCGCUGCCAACCUCACUUACCGCUUCCGGAUCGACGACUCUCAAUCAGGAACAUAUUGGUACCACGCUCACUCUGGAGUGCAGCGCGCCGACGGGCUCUUCGGCGGGUUGGUGGUGCACAAGCCAGCGAACGCGGAGAAUGCCGUCGCCGAGCGGGCGACCUACUCGUACGACGCAGAGCAGCUUCUGCUGGUUGGCGACUGGUAUCACCGCUCGGCGGUGGACGUCUUGGAGUGGUUUGAGGCUCCAGACCAUUACAUGUACGAGCCGGCUCCGGAUUCCAUGCUCAUCAAUGGACGGGGAUCGUACAACUGUUCCAUGGCAGUCAAGGCAUGGCCUGUCAACUGCAGCGCAGUGGCUCGGCCGGAGACCGUAUUACGAGACCGGCGCGUAAGAUUGAGAGUUGUAAACACUGGCGUCUCUGCCGGCAUCACACUGUCGCUAUCAGAAGGGAGCAUGCAGGUCAUCACCGUUGACGGCGGACAUGCCGUUGCAAAUGAUACGCAUGCGGCACAGUCAAUUGGCGUCUUGUAUCCGGGCGAGCGCAUGGACGUUGUCGUGCAGCAGGCGCCCAGUACCACGGCGACGGCUCGUUCGGAGCAGGGCGCCAGGUUGAUUGUGACCCUGGAUAAGGAGAACAUGAAUCUGCAUAACUUUGCUCUCACUCCAGAGCAAGAGUUUCCGCUUUCAUGGGCGUCCUCUCCGACCAAGCAAGCAACGAGACAUGAGAAAGGCGUGGCAGUCUCAGAAUUGAACCUCAAAGACUUGCAAGGCGCGCCUCUCGCUUCCUCGCCGGCGGGCCUAGCCAAACCCGGUGAGACAGCGGUGCUGUACUCGGCUAUGACGAUUCGCGGCGCCAACCACAACCGCCCGGUCGCUACCGUGAACCACACGUCGUGGGUCGUCUCAGAACCGCACAAGCCGCCGCUGCUGGCGCUGGAUCGGGCCCAAUGGGUAGAUGCCAUCAAACAGCCCACUACCGCACAGAAGCUCAAGGUGCCGUGGAUCAAGAAGACGGGUAAGGAGCGGUGGAUGGAGCUCGUGCUCAACAACUACGACGACAAGGGCCAUCCCUUUCACCUGCACGGCUACAACUUCUACGUUGUGCGAUCGCAGACCGCCGCCAUGGGCCUCAACAGGGGCUACAAUCCGUUUGACAAGGAGCAAGCGGAUGCGGUGGCCGCGGACGUAGACACCAAGACCCCGCUGCGCAAGGAUACAGUUUACGUGCCGUCGAUGGGCUUCGUGGUGCUGCGGUUCGCGUUGGACAACGACGGGCUGUGGCUGCUACACUGCCACGUGUUGUGGCACCAGGCGGUGGGCAUGGGCAUCGUGUUGCAGGUUGGCGACGUUGAUGAGGGGGCGAAGCGGAGGGCUGGACAGAGGUGUUUGGCGUAG